AUGGAGGGAGAUUUAGCGAGAAUAUUGGCGCAGUAUGCGUUGGAUAGGAAACUAACGGAGCAUACUGAGGAUUUUCAGAGUAAGUUAUGGGACGAUAUGCAAUACCAAAUGCGGCUUUUUAUAAAUCAAUUGAACGAUCCAAAUGCAGAGGAACAUGCUGCUAACUGCAGCAAUGCAUACUGGCAGCAUCCACUAGAGCACGGGCAACCCGGGCAGUCACCAAGGCGGAUGGAUCGGAGCAAAGAACGAGUUAUAUGCAGACUCAUGACGCAAGCGAUAUACUUUGCGAACGGAUGGACUGAGGAAGUAAAGAAAAACAUAGGCCACGAUACACAUAGUCACGAUAUUAAGGGGUUGAUGAGAUGCACCAUAGCGGAUAUAUACAAAGACAUACUGACGGAACACGGAUGCGAGGGUCACUGGGGCACAUAUUAUGCAUGGUACGUCGUCGACCACAUAUCCGAAGCAAUGAAGGAAACUUGGGGCGACCAGCAUUGUAAGAAGGGCAAGUACAAGGAGAUAGAAUUGAAGACUUGGGACAUGAGGAAUAAGAUGAAGACAUGGUUAAAAGAGAACAAACAGAUGCAGGAGCAACUUGCACAGGAACAAAUAGGCGAUGACUGUAAGGGAGCAAAGGUAAAGCUACAGGUCGGACCGAGAGAGGAGGAACAAGAAAAGAGAGAAGACAACAAGACGAAACAUGAAGUAAAGCAGCAGGUAAGACAAAUUUUGGGAACACUGCAGAUACAAAUGAAGGCGGAGGAGGGAAAAUUGAGGGGGUCAACUGCGAGAGCACCGAAGUACCCUUCUGUGGACGCCGAAGACGACCCACAGGAUGCCGAGAUAGAGAAACACAUAAAAGAAGCAGUUCAAAAGGUGGAAGCCGAAUUAAACGAAGUGAUAGCGAAGACCGGCGUAGCAAGACCGGCGGCGACCACACGAUCAACAGCAUCGCCAGAAAAGAAGAGCAAGGACACGGACACGCCGGGUGGACCCCCCGCCGCUGCCGCGGCGAAACCGGCGGCGACGAAGCCGGCAACCACAAAACCGGUAACAGCAGCAGGAGGAGGAGACCAGCAAGGGGCGACGCCGUCGUCACCAUCACAAGAAGGAACAUCAGGACCAGCAACAUCUGCCGUACAACCACAAUCACCACCGGCACGAACAGUUCCUAAUACAGGACCCGAAGCAACACCAGGGAAGGGAGCAUCAGGUACAAGUACUGCAACAGGUGCAGGUUCUGGAAGUGUAGGUACAGGGGCAUCAUCCCCCGAUCCAACAAAGGAUGCAACAGGCACAGGUAAGUGCUCAAAGGCAUCACAGACUUAUACAGUCAAGAAUGCAGGCGACGGUAUCCAUGGAGCCACAUCCAGCACCGCUGUCUCAUUUGCAUCGGGUGCCGGAACUGAUGAUGACUGUGACAAGAAGUCCAAGGACUCGGGACCAGGACCUGAUAGUCCCCCCGGUCCCGGAAGUCCGGAUCCAUCAGUAUCAACAGCAGCACCCGCACCGGGACCAGCACCACCAGCAAACCCAGCAGCAGAACAACCAACAACACCAUCAAAAGGAACAGAGACAGCAGGAACAGGAGCCACUACGGGCACAUCUGGUGCUGGUGCAACGGGAGACCCUGCUACUGCGCACACUUCUCCGGUGGCGCCAGAUACGAAGGCACCUAAACCGGACGAUGACGAUCGCGCCACGACGGGCACCCAUAUUGUGUCCGCAGCGAAUGGUGAUACUAAUACGGAUCCUUUCGGUAGUGCCGAUUUCUGCAAGGUCGAUGGGAAAAAGAAAGACGACGACAGUGAACAGUGUCAUGCAAUAAUCGGUGGGGGCCGACGUGCAGCCAGCACUAGAACUGGUGCUGCAGGUGCUCCUACAGGACCAAGUGCGCAAGCUGAACGAGGUGGAGCCGCGGGCGUAAGUGGCACUGGCGGCCUCGAACUGGGCAUAGAACUGCCCGAAGGAAAAAGCAAUGUAGGAGGAUCAUAUGGACCAGGUACCCCACAGGAUCCACAUACGCCACACAACACACCCACGUCCCCUAGCCCUGAUGUCCCUGACCUAACCGGCACGGUCCUUACCGCCACAACCCCUAUCCUCGUCUUCGUCACUUCGGUCAUCCUCGCUCUGCUUGGUUAUUCCCUUUGGAAAUACUUUGCGCACCUCGGAAAACAACGACGACGAACAUAUCGAACCGUUCGUGACGUGCCGUCACCGCCUGUCGACGAAGACAUAUUGCAGCAUCUACAACGCGGCGGGCCGCCACCCGAUUACGGCUACACCUUGAUUAGGGAUAGGCAACCUGCGUCAACACGCGCCCGACGACGACGCCAUCCACGCGUGCAUAAGCGCACGAUCAUCGAGCUACACCUAGAAGUGCUCAACGAAUGUGAAGCGGCCGACUGGGAAAAUGUCAAAGACGACUAUUUGCAUAUACUCGUUGAAGAGUUUAUGGGGGACGGCAAUGGGCAUAGUAGUUCCUUGGAUGCUCCUACCACAAACGUGGGUUUAUCAGGGCACAAUGUUCCAUCCACUGACUCGGACGCAACAGAUUCAUGUCCACCUAAUGAAGAUGACUCCGAUCCAUGGUGUUGUAUGGAAACCAUACAGUUACAAAGGGACCGUUGUCCACCGAAUGAAGAGGACCCCGAUCCAUGGAGUUGUAUGGAAACCGUACAGUUAGCAACCGACCCUUGUCCACCUAACGAAGAUGACCGAUGGAAUUGUAUGGAAACCAUACAGUUAGAUACAGAACCCCACCCGCACUCCUCCCCGCGGCAUGAAUGCGCGACCCCCGACCACACUAAUUGGAUUAACUGCAUUGACCGCAACAAGCACCUAUUGCGGGCGUGCACGACGCAGCCGUGGUUUUUGCAAUUGAAAUUGGAAUGGAAACAAUGCCUGCGUGCACACAUGGCGGCAAACGAAGACAACGGGCAGCGUGCCUUCGGUGAAGCGGCAACCCUGGAGAGGAAGAAACUGCGGUUGUGGAAACCAUGGGUUGCAAGACAGCAUAAACGCACGGAUACAUACAGUGAAGAGGAGUGGUUUCAACAUUUGUUGAAUAGUGUACAGGAGGAGAACACAGAAGAGACGGGAUCCCAGAGGGAACAAACUUUUCACGUAAACAACAUCCCUACAGCACAGGAAGGAGCAACCCACGCAGAAGCAGAAAAGCGGGCCCCUGCAAAUAUACCGUUGACGAAGGUAAAAGAUCCAGAACAGCAGCACGCCCACCAUCCGGAAUUGCGACAUACGGAGAACUUAACCGCUCACAAACUGUGGAUGCUCAUCCUCGCGUUCGUAAUCGAAGAAUGCGAGCUCGAGAGAAGUAUGCAGGAUAGGGAGUUAUAUUUGGAUGAUCUAUUGCAACAGCUCUGA